UGGGCAUUCUGUAUGAAAACAAGAUACCGUACUUAAAAAGUUAUUGUAAUCUAUGGUUAAAAAAUUCUUGGCUGUCAUCUGUCACUUAAAUUUUAGGCUGGUAAUGUCAUGUCAAAGUCACAUGGUCAGCAUUGUUUUGAGAACACAUUCAGUAUAAUUCUAAUAACUAUUUUAAAAAUAGUUAUAAAUUUUUUAACUUACAUUAAUUUAAUAUACGAUCUUCGUAUAAAAAUGAUUUGCAUACAAUGCAGUCACAGUGCUAAAUACAAAUGUCCAAAAUGCCGUCAACCGUAUUGCUCGGUAGGCUGUUAUAAAAUACACAAAGAAAAUCCAUGUUCUGCUUCUACCCCAGUAACAGAACCGAAAAGUAACGUAGUGCAUAAUACAGUAGAAUAUGAAUAUCCAACUGAAGACACAGUACCACUAGAAAAAUUACAAUUAUUAGAACAAUCUUCCGAGGUGAAGAAAUGCUUAGAAAAUCCAUAUGUUCGGGAAAUGUUAGAAUUAUUAGACAAAUCUGCAUAUCCUGAUGAUCUCAUAAAAGAAUAUAUGAUUGAGCCUAUAUUCACUGAAUUUGCCGAUGCAUGUCUCAAAGUUGUGCAGCCAAGAAAUGAUUGUGAAUAAAUGUUUAAAGAAACUAGUAUAUGCAUAACCAUACUGCAUGCUAUAAUGUAAAUAAAAUCACUUCAAGUCUUCAAAACUAUUGUGCGAAGAAUGAUGUCACUAGAGACUUAAGAUGACAGAUUUUUUUUUGUUGCUUUUGUAUACAGACAAGGCAUCUGCCGCACAUUAGUUUUUUGAAAGGGCAAUUGUAAGGAUAAAUACAUACCUGCCAGUUUUAAGCAAAAAUAGUAAAUAAAAACAAACUAAUAUGAAAAUAUGUAUUCAUUCACUUCAACGUGGUUGUAUUAUUUUGA